CGAGUUUUAUUACUUUGGCAAGAUGUCACCUUACAACUGCUCUCUUGAUCUAAUGGCUGAAAAAGAUGACUGGCUUUGUUCUCCUGGGGGGAAGUGUGUCAAUUUGACCUCUGGCAUUAACGUAAGCCACAUUGAUGUGGAUGAUGCAUGUCUGACAGAUAAAGAGUACCUGGAGAAAUAUCUGGGACCUCGUCGAUCAUCUGUGUUCCUUCCCAUCUGCCACAUCUACCUGGUCAUCUUCCUGGUAGGUGUGGUGGGGAAUGUGCUGACAUGCACUGUCAUUGCACGCAACAAAGUGAUGUGGACGCCAACAAACUACUACUUGUUCAGCCUGGCGGUGUCAGACCUGCUGGUGCUGCUGCUCGGCAUGCCAUUAGAGCUGUAUGAGCUGUGGCAGAACUACCCCUUCCUCCUGGGGAAGGGUGGAUGCUACUUCAAAACGUUUAUAUUCGAGACUGUUUGCUUGGCGUCUAUCCUCAACGUGACAGCGCUGAGCGUGGAGCGCUACAUUGCUGUGGUUCACCCGCUACGAGCAAAGUAUGUUGUUACACGUACCCAUGCCAAGCGGGUCAUACUUACAGUGUGGGGUGUGUCGGUGUUGUGUGCUUUGCCGAACACAAGUCUGCAUGGGAUCAACGUCCUUCACAGUCGCUCUAGUAGCCCUGCUGGUAACAUGACCGUGGAGAUUCCUGACUCAGCGAUCUGUACACUAGUAAAACCACGCUGGAUGUAUAACCUAACAAUCCAGGUGACCACCUUGCUAUUUUUCAUGCUGCCCAUGUUCACCAUCAGCGCUCUCUACAUGCUUAUCGGGUUGCAGCUGAAGCGAGAGAAGAUGCGUCAGACACUGGAGGCGAAGACGGGCUUUGGACAGGACAUCUUCUGUAGCAUCCGAUCACAGCAGCAGAAGGCACGUCGCCGGCAGGUCACUAAAAUGUUGUUCGUUUUAGUGGUAGUGUUUGGGAUCUGCUGGGCCCCGUUUCACACUGACCGUCUCAUGUGGAGUUUUAUCAUUGACUGGACUGACUACCACCUGGAAAUCUUCCAGUAUGUGCACAUCAUCUCCGGAGUGUUUUUCUACCUUAGCUCAGCAGUCAAUCCAAUCCUGUACAACCUCAUGUCAACACGCUUUAGAGAAAUGUUCAAGGAAGUCAUGUGCCAUCGGCCACAUCACAUCGCUCCCAGGAAACACUCUCUCAGCGUCACCCGGGUGACACUCCGCAGCACCCUGAGUGAUGCGCCUCUUAGCAACGGAGCCGCUGUUGUUGAAGUCGAGGCAGGAGAUGGAGAUGUAAGGAUGAAAAAUGAAACCAGUUUUUCAUGUUAAAUUCAGGCGCAAAAUAAACCUAGGGGUUAAUAACACUUGGGCACCGAGUCAACCAUUCUCUGGGAAAUGUUUUCAUUCCAAUGGAAUGUGACCAGUUUUAGAGCCAAACGCUAAUUAGCUUAUAACGCUAGUCGUCAGGGCACAUAAAAGUAAAAAUAAAUCGCUAUUUCUAUACCACUAACAAGGAUCAAUAUAGCACCACACUUCCACGGUAGCAUAAUGAGGGUCCCUACAUGAAACCGAAGCAAUGACAACUUUGUAAGUGUACAGACAGUUCAUCAAAAAGAUUAAAAUUACAUUAUUACAUUACAUUACAUUUAGCUGAUACUUUUAUCCAAAGCGACUUCCAAUUAAGUGCUUUAAACCCUGAAGGUGCAAACUCCCAACAACAA